AUGAUGUUCGCUACUCCAUCCCCCAUGCACCAACACCAACAAUCCUCUUUUACGAGUCCUCCCUCCGCCGCUACUGCUGCUUCCCCAUUCACCCCCGUGCGCCCGUCACCUCUCUCGCCGCGCCGCGCCAGCACGACCUCGCGUCCGUUGACGAUGACGACAACCUCCCCAACGUCGCCGUCGCCGUCGCAAUUCCAAUUCCAAUUCCAAUUCCAAUUCCAACCCCACCAGAACCAAGACCCGUCCGCGACAACGCCAACCGCAAACGCCAGCGCAACUGCGAACUCGCAAUGGUCUCCCUCCCUCGUCCCCUCGCCUCAACCGCAACACCCGUCCCCGUCCCAGUCCUACGCGCACCGCUACGCCACCAAGAUCUCGAACCCCCUGGCCCACCAGCCCCGGUCCUACACGGCCUCCUCGUCGCCGACGGCGCGCUCGACCCGUCGCAACGCCUUUCUGAACCGCAUCAAGCGCGAGCGCGACGCCGGUCGGUUCGACUCCCGCGGCGAGCAGCUGGCGCUGAUGGAGCACGUGGCGGAGGAGAAGCGGUGGGGGGAGGCGAUGCGGCGCAGGGCGGAGGGCUUGUCUGAGGGAUUAGAUGUUGUUGAUGUUGAUGUUGAUGGGGAGGUUGAUGGUGGUCUUGGUGAAGAUCAUGGAUUGAGUAUUGAAGAUGAGCUCGCAUUGGAUGAGUACCUGAGACAGGAGGAUGCGGCGCAGAUGGGGCCUUGGGGGCCUGAUCUUGCAGCUGCCCCCGGUCAGGGGAAUGGCUAUGGGGCCGGGUCCAAAGACGCCGGCUCCUUCAGUGACGAGGAGUACGAUGAUAUCUUCAUGGAUCUGGCGCAGCCGAGCCAAGACAUGGACAUGAGCGGUUGA